GCAUCCUUCCCCGGACUCCUCUAUGGCCACGGAUAGCGUGUUUCUCGGCUGGCACGCAGUCGGUUAAAUUCCGCCGUGACAGUAGCUGGAUCACAGGUUGUUAGCUAGAAACGAGAUUCCUCUCACCAUUAUUAUGGCUGAUAUUUGUGUUAAAUAAUGCAGAGGUUUUGACGGGUGUCAGCCUGAGCUUUCAUGCGAUCCACUGAUCCCCUCCCUGAUACCUGAUACAUUACAGCGGACAAGAGACAAUAAUUUCUUAAUCAAUCUGCUGGUAAAACACAGGAAUAAAUGGCAACCAGUGCCAAGAGGCCAUCCCUGCAGGGUCCAGUGCCCCCUCCUCGCAAGAAGACAGCUCCCAAGCCAGAGCUGGCUGAGGAGCAAAAGCAGGAGAUAAGGGAGGCCUUCGAGCUCUUUGACACCGAUGGCUCCGGACACAUUGAUGUGAAGGAGCUCAAGGUUGCAAUGAGAGCGCUGGGGUUCGAACCAAAGAAGGAGGAGAUCAAGAAGAUGAUUGCAGAAGUGGAUAAGGAUGGGACAGGGAAGAUCUUUUUUGCUGACUUUCUGGCAAUCAUGACUCAGAAAAUGGCAGAAAAAGACUCCAAAGAGGAGAUCCUUAAAGCUUUCCGGCUAUUUGAUGAUGACGAAACCGGCAAGAUCUCUUUCAAGAACCUGAAGAGAGUGGCCAAAGAGCUCGGAGAAAACCUGACGGAUGAGGAGCUGCAGGAAAUGAUAGAUGAAGCGGACAGGGAUGGGGAUGGAGAAGUGAACGAGCAGGAGUUCCUGCGCAUUAUGAAGAAAACCUGCCUGUACUGAAGGCAGAGCACGAUGUCAAGAGUUCAGUGAGGCCCGGACAGUGCUUUGUGUGUAAUGCUGCUCCCACACUCAUGUAGAAAACUGUCAGUUGUUGUGUUGUGCCAUAAAUUUCACCUAAAACGUAUCAAACCACAUAAAGGUCAUAUAUUACAAUGGAAUAAAAAUGUAUGGGACUUGAAGACUACUGGUGAAAAGCCAAAUGCCAUUCUAUUUAAUAUAGUAAUUUAAAACUAAACAUGCUGCAGAUUUCUAUAAGGAUUAUAGAUUCAUAUUGAUGCCAAAAUUCAGUUGUAAUCAUUAGUAAAUCUCAGUGCCUGCUAAAACAGUGAGAACCACUACAUUCUAGUGCUUUAUUUGCUAGAAGAGUUUGUGCAACAAGUUCUACCGGGCUCCUUAUUUCUGUCCUUUUAUGUCAAUCUUAAUGAAAUUUGUACCAACCUUGGAUAAACAGGGAGUGCCGUCUCAUUCCUGCGGUCCCUGUGGAUUUGUGCCUGCGCCUGCUAAAGGUGCCACCAUCACAAUCAGGGAAAAUGCUCAACAGAUCCACACACCUUCCUCACUGAUCCUACCAUCUCCAAAGCUUUGAAUAUUGUAUGUUUCCUAUAUAUUUAUGUUCCUGCUGUGCACAAGUGCUUUGUAUAUUGUGAUUAUUGAAAGCAUAAACAAGUAGCAGAGUAGUAUUUAAAGAACAGAUUAAAUAUGAUGAAGCAGUU